AUGACACACAAAGGGCGGAUUGCUUGCAUUUUCAUCCCGUAUGUGCUGACCCUGGCAAGCUUGGUAUGCAUCAUCAUCGUGGGCCUGGGCUGCAUUAAACCCACCUCCGGCGCAUUGAGCGAAGUAUACUUCCUCCGGGUCAACCUGCAGAAUGUCAGCAACGGGACACAGUCAAUCAGCAAAAUCGAGAACAUCCUCCAUGACCGCAAUAUCACCAGUAUCGACUCGGAAGGGAUAUCGGAGAUCGUCUCGAGAAUUCAAAGCAACAGCACAGGGAAAGACUUCUACCAGAUCGGACUUUGGGGAUACUGUGAUGGAGAGAUCUCGAGCGGAAACUACGAAUUGACGAAUUGUUCGCAGCCAAAGAGCGUUUUCUAUUUCGAUCCUUUGUCUGUUUGGAGACUCAAGAAUGAUUCGGUGGUGAACGGCUUGCCCAAAGGGUAUCAUCGGUUUUCGAAUACCUACAAAGCGCUCCUCCGAUGGAUGUCCAUCGCCUACAUUCUGGCCUUUGUCACAACGAUUCUCGAGAUUGCAAUCGGUGCGUUGGCAAUCUUAAGCCGCUGGGGAAGCUGUGUCACGACUAUCGUUGCCGUCGUCGCUCUUUUGUUCACUGCGGCGGCCUCUGCAACGUCCACCACCAUCUUCGUCCUGAUCCGAUCUACUGCUGGCCCCAUUCUCGCUGCUUAUGGGAUUCAUCUUUCCAUAGGCAAGCACAUCCUAGCGGCGACCUGGAUGGCGACCUUCUUCUCAAUGAUCGGUCUGAUGUACUGGACUUGCAGUGUCUGUUGUUGUUCUGGCCGCGAUUCUCAUGCUAGACAUCCGAAGAUUGACGUCACCAACAACAUCCCUCAUAUCUAUGAGCCACUGGGUGCCGGUACGACAUCACACAGUCCUCCACAGGCGAAUUGGCCUUCUUAUCAGACUUCCCCAGUGACUAGUUCGCACCCAAUGUAUGCCCUCGACAGACGUGCUAAUGCCCAGGAGCCCUUCCGACACUAUUAG